GUUGUAUCGGAUGUAUACGGGGUAAAGGGACAUCGUAAUAUGCUUGUCGUAAAUGUGUUCGGUCAUUAAUUGAACAAAAAUUUGGCUGUAUUGAAUUAAGACAAAAAGGAGGUUAAUUUUUGGGAGUGUGGACAAAAAAAUCCGAGAGAAGAACAAACGAUUAGAGAGCUAAGUGUCCAGCAGAUGGUGCCAGCUGCCGUGAAACUCUCCAGCGAAGAAGUAAAAAAUGGUCGCUUACUGACAGUCUGCUUUAUGUCACUAAGAAAACCCAGGACUUGACUCUGGUAACGUGUUCAGCUUUUACUAUUUAUUUCUUCUCAUAUCUUUUCUGGAGUUGCUUUCUUACGCAGCGUCAUAUGGUAAUUUAAAUUAAAAUCAACAUUACCUGGUGCCAAUGACAGGUGACUCUCAUUGCGUGGUCAGUUUACGUCAACGUCCACACUGACGUACUUGUCACCGCUGUCACCUGUUUGGCAGAAACGUGCUUUUGUUUGCAGGGUGUUAACAUUUACCUCACUGUCACGAUAAUCUAUAACUUAGGGAAAGGGUUAACAGGUUCGUUUUCACAGUAGACACAGAAAGAGGACCCUCACAAUUAUCAGUGACACAACAAUAGUGUGUUAAAGUGUGGGGAAGUGCAUGCAAAACUUCCAUCCAGACAAUUUUCAUUUGACAAAAAAGAGCAAUACGACUUAUUUGUAGAAGUCAAUACAGAGAUCCUUCAAACUCAUUUUUUGUUCAGUUGCAGUUGUUGAAAUUCAAUGCAUUUGUAGAUUUCAGUAUGUUGCAGAUUAUGUAUAAAACUCAUAGGAAAAUUUUUACCAAAGCCAAGAUUCAGAACUAAACUGAAAGAGCGCUGUGUUACAAUAAGAGGAACAAGUUUGUGGAACAAUCUGAACAAAGAAACUAAAGAAACAAAAUUAGAUUUUUAUCUUUAAAAAAGUGUCAAAGCCAGUAUGUUGAGUAAAUACAGGGAAAUAUGUUCAUCUCAGUCUUGGUGUGUUUGUUUUGUGAGUUAACGUGGUCUUUUCUGUUCAUUUUGUAGGUUGUUUUUGAAAAUAAGAAACGAUGAACUGUAAAAAGGAAUGUUUGCCUGCAGCUGUUUUUUAUUUUUGUUAUGUGUUUAGUUGAUUAAUAUAUUAUGAAAGAAGGGUAGACUCUAUAAGAGUCUUCUUUCUGCUCCGUUUCAUUCACAUGUUUGAGAUUUUUCCUUGUUUGUACCGAAUGUUUAAAUAUUAACUGAAUGAAAUAAAGUAUGAAAAUGAAAAGUUUCCAGAUUGUCUGGAAAAAUUCAAAGCUUGACGGAUCUUUGACUAGUGAUUCAAAAUCUUGAUUGCAAUAUAGCUCACUGUAAAGGGAGUAGUCAGUCGCCUCUUCGGCUUUUCUCUUUGUCUGAAUACUCUCUUUAUAACUUUUUGCUCCAAGAUUCAUCCGUCUUUCGCCUGUUGUUUCUCUGUAGAGUUGAAAUGCGAGCUCCUCUGCGCUGGGUGCUGUGGGAUGUGAAAGACACCCUCCUGAAGGUACGUUCCUCUGUGGGAGAGCAGUAUUGCAAGGAAGCUAAACGAAUGGGCUUGGACCUCAGUCCUGUGGAGGUUGAAGCUGCUUUCCGCCUCGCAUAUAAACACCAGUCCAGUAGAUACCCAAACUACGGCGUCACUCAGGGCUUGAAUGGCAAGUCUUGGUGGAUGGAAGUGGUGCAGGGCACAUUCUCCCGCUGCAGGGUACAGGAUCCAGCCCUGCUGAACACCAUGGCUCAGAACCUUUAUCAAAACUUCUGUAAUGCUGAGAACUGGGAGGUAAAGCAAGCACACACAUAGAGCAAAAGUUUGCCUCAAAUUUAUAAAACCUGCUUUCAGAUAAAACAAGAAAAACAGUCUUCUAAGACAAGUAAAUGUUAAGCAGCAUUAUAUCGUCACCAUCAAAGAUUUUUGUACUUUUCAGUGCGUUUGAAAAGUUCAGUUCAAUUAAACAUUUCCUCACAUUAAUAUUUACAUCUGUUAAUUAUUUUCUUGUAACCUGAAGCUGUACAAUGUCUAUAUUUCUCAGGUAUUUUCAGACUCAGAAAAGACCCUCCAGAGCUGUUCUUCUCUGGGACUGGAGCUUGGUGUGGUAUCAAACUUUGAUCGCCGCUUAGAAGAGAUUUUACACGCCUGCGGCCUGCUGUCUCACUUCAGCUUUCUGAUCACAUCAGAGGAGGCUGGCAUAGCAAAGCCGAGUCCUGUCAUCUUUGAUAAGGCGCUGCAGAAAUGCGGCGUACCUGCUGCCUGUGUUGCCCACAUCGGGGACCACUAUGAGAAAGACUACCUCGCAUCUCGCUCCGUGGGCAUCCACGGCUUCCUGUUGGACAGACACAACAUGUAUAAACGCUUUGAUGUUCCUCCAGAGCAUCGGCUCAGCUCCCUGGAGGAGCUGCCGUCACGGCUUCAGCAGCACAUGGACUAGAGCCAGGGAUUCAUGUGAAGGGUUACCCAGCCACACUGUGCUAAACAUAAGGAACCAAACCUAGUACACGAACUGAGUCGACUCUGCCACUGUAGAAUUUCACCUGUUUAACAAGGCAGUCAUGAAGAAGAUCACCAUGGACAGUAAUUUAUAAAUACUGUGAUUAUUGUGCAGUUUUACUGUUAAUGAAUUGGGAUCAAUAAAUAUUUAUGAAAUGUACAUGA